AUGGUAAAAUAUCUUAUGUCAGUUCAUCAGUUCAGCAUCCCUUGUCGGCUCGUCUCGGACAACGAACGACAGUUCAUAGGAUGGAGGCUCAAUGAGUGGCGCAAAGGUUAUGGCAUUGUGCAGGCUUUCACCUCGGUGGCCUACCCCCAGAGCAAAGGCCAGGCGAAAGUCACCAAUCGGGAAAUCCACAGAGGGUUACGAGCUCGGUUCGGCCACGCUGGAGGCAGUUGGGUCAAUGAACUCCCUAGCGACUUGUGGGCCUAUUGCACCACAUUGAGAGAGGUGACUGACGUCACACCGUUUCAUCUGAUGUAUGGAGGUGAAGCAGUGGUUCCAGUGGAAGUUGGAGUAGAGUCCGACUGGGUGCAGCUCUACGAUGAGGAGAACGUUGAAAGGAGACUCAUGGAGCUCAACCUAGUGGACGAAGCCUAG